AUGCGCCGCGGCUUGGUUUCGUCUUCUGAGGGUAUUUUUGAGGGCUUGCGUUCCAGGAACAUGGUCUUCUCCGCGGCAGAUCGAAAUCGAGGUCGUGGCCAUCCUGACGGAAGAGCAAACCUUUCUUUACUGAUCUGCGCCUGGGUGUUUUGCUUUUCUCCAGCGCGCUUCGGCAGCGGCACGCAGGUCCUCGUGCACCACCAAGCGUCUGCCGUGCACAUCAGAACAACGCUCAAGAAGGGCUCGGCGGGGGCACUGCAAGUACGACAACAAAGCUCCGUCCCUGUAGUUGAUCCCGGCGCCCGUAUUUCACCUGGUCAUUCUGGUGCGGUGAUCAAGCAGAAAGCCAAUCGUACAAGGACCCGGCAUACACUUCCGAACAACGCACUCCCUUUCUCGGUGAAGGAUUUUUGCAGCAUCGACGACCACGUGAAAGAAACAGAAAGUAGCGAGCACUCUUUCCACUUCCUCCUCCAGCACGACAGCGCGACCACGAACGCAGACACAGUCGGUGCUUCCUCAAGUGGUGCAGAUGACUCACCGGAGGGCCUGCUAGUAGCAGAGGAAGAUCUGAGCAAGAACUACCUUUCUUCCGGAGUUAAAAAACCCGCGCCCUGGCCGGCGAAUUUCCACGCUAAUGCGGUGAAGUUUCCCGUGCAGUGCGAACAGCCGGAUUGGUUAUUGCGGAAGGACCAGUUGGUGUUGCCUGUGAACAGCGAGAACGAAAAAAAAACGAAAACGAAAGCAGGCAUUUCAGCUACAAUGGUGCUGACGAUGUUUCUGGGACCGAACGCGCCACAAGAUUGGAAAAACCCAUCGGAUAAUACCCCAGCGGAAUGGCUUCGAGCGCUCUUCGCCGCGAACGUGCAGGUGCUCCGCCAGUUUGGCCACGGGCUGAUCUUACGGACGAAGUUUACGCCAGAUGAAUACGAUGGCAAGACGAGCCUGAAGAAGUGGGAGGUCGAGAGCGAACAGUGUCGCGGGAAAUCUGCAGAAGACUGCGUAAAGGAGUUCGAGCGGACGAAUUCGCUGUUUGAAAAGCAACUGAUGGUCGCGGAUUACCUGAACUUGCGAAGUAAAGGAGAUAGCAGUCCAGCUCUAGCAGGAGGUGGAACCGCAGCAGGACGAGAGGAUCAGGCACGGUACCUGUUUACGCACGUGUUUUCCCUUGACGCCGAUGCUGCUCUGGUGAGUACCGCAAUCGACUCAAUAGGUCUGGCGGCGUGGAAUCUAGCAGAGGCAAGAAAAGACGUUUUCGGGGCCAACGAGGACUGGCAGGAGCAAGAGAACAAAGGAAGCUGGGACCCGAACCAAUUCUGCCAUGCUGUUAAUACCGGGUUUCUACUCGCUUCGAACACGCCUUUCACCCGAACUCUUUUCAAGGACGUGUUUGAGGCGCACAAAAACGGCCCAAACGCCAAGGCCUGGAAAACCGCGGGACUGAGCAGUGUGGCGUGUACUAGCAAUGAUCAGGUGUGCUUGCAGAACACGGUUCCCACAUUGCGGCAGCAUUUUCUCGUGACGAGUGGCCAGUUCUGGAACCGCGCGCGGUUUGACAUCGAUAAAGCCGCGCCCGCGGUAAACAAAGUAGAAACGGGCGGGGAUGGCCGCCACGGGGAUGAAACAACGACGACCCACGUCGUGCACUACAUGAACGCGGAUGGGAGGAUGGACAUUGCCGCUGAGGACUUCUGCCAGCCGGGAUUCUUAGUAAAGCCGCUCGAGGAGGAAACGCGAGCUGCCUUAGGGGUGUGCAGAAGUAUCACGGCAAAAAAGGAGCCGGGGGGGAAUUUUAAGGAGGAUGAUGACCGGCAGCUACCGCAGUCGUGUACUUCCAUUGCGCUAACAAGGAAGACUUCCAGCACCUCUUUCGUGUACCGACGCCAGGAUGACGAUGAACAGGCGACUGCGUCCGCGGCCGGUCUGCUGUCGACCACAGGGACGAUGGAGAGAGGAGGCGCAGAGAAGGCAAAAAAAAAUGAUUUGUCACUGCGCAUCUCGACUGGUCAAGCCGGAGAAGGGACAUUAUCUUCAUCACAUGAAAGCGAAGAGAAAUCCACCACAGCCGAUCUAAAAGUGCGCAUUAUGAAGACCAACCCAGCUGCCUUGUUGCCUUUUUUCACAUCUUCUUCUGUCAGUCGGUUUCUCUCCCCGCCGCCCUUCUGCGAGGGCUGCUGCGUCGGGCCGGCCUCCGAGGCGCCGCCAGGCGCCACCGUCUACGGGCAUCUUACCUACCAUUCCCGGUGCCUCGACGUACAUAAAUGCGCUGCGGCGAAUGCGAAUCGCGCGGGAAAAACAGAGGACGAAAACAACCGCCCGCGCAGAUAUACUUUCGUACUCACACACAGUGGCGAUAUGCCGGCGCCGGAGGGAAAGUCAACAGCUUGGGUCGAGGAGAUGUUUCCCAACCUGCGCAGCAUGGAACUAGCCCGCCUUGGUGUCAUGCGCAAAGCGAACAAGAACACACAAAUCGACAUCCUGCUCUAUGUCGCGCUCCCACGCUACCAGCCGGAAAAAUCUGCAGAGUGGUGGAACCGGCACACGUCCUACAUGCAGACGGAGCUGCAGCGAGUCGCGCCGAGCCUGGUGGUGAAAAAAGUUCCCUUUGGCGUACCAGCGAAUGCGAAAUCCGAUUAUAACAAAGGGUGUGAGAAGGACUUCAUCCGGUUGAACAGCUUCGGAGAAACCAGCUACGACGCGAUCGCCUACUACGAUCGCGACGUCGAGCUCCAGGACACGUCCGGGGACAACUUGCUUGCGCUCUUCCAAUGCGUGGCGGAGCAAGACGUAUUCCUCACGACGACAGGUGGGUUAAACGAGCCGGUUAAUGUCGGUUUUUUUGCGCUGAAACCGAGACAGAAACUGCUGGAUCUGGCAUUGGAAUUUUCCAAACUCGCCGACUACAACGAACAAACUGGCUGGGCAAACAGCGGUUGGAGCCCGCAGGACGACCAGGGGCACGCGCCAACGCAGAAGGGGCACCAGUUGCUCGAGUCGACAAGGGUGGACCUCCGGAAGAGCAGCAACAAAAAGGCAUCUCUAUCAGUGACCUCAGCUACAGCUUCGUCAGGGCACCAGAUAAAGAUGAAGAACGGUAGAAGUUCCCGCUAUUUUGUCGACGCAGAAUGCGGUCAGGGAUACUUCCUCACCCUGUUUCUGCAUUUGCAAAACCCCACCGUGCAACAAGCGUAUCAGAGAGCAAAUGUACCCCUUGGGGACGUGAAGUUUCUCUCGCUUGACCGCUGUCAGUGGAAUUACCAGACCGGCUGGUUCGGCAUCUGCGACAAGAUGCAAAAAAAUGCCGCUUGCGACCGGAUUAUCGCGCACCACAAGCCUGGGCCGGACGUCUACGCCGCGGGGGAUGACGUCGCAAAGCCGAACAAAAAUGGUGAGUGCUUGAAGCGCGGACACCGGCGGCUGGAAGCCGAGGUGACAGCCCGUAGCGAGGGGCCCGGACGAGGAUCUUCAAAACAUAUCUUCUUUGCGGUCACGACUGGUGGAAAGAAGGACGCCGGGUCGUGGGGAAAAGGUAGUGCCGCAACCUCUAUCAUGUCGUCGAGCUCUACGUGGUCCACCACCUCCAACAAAUUAUUGCAUUCCCAGUUUCAAGACGUGAAGAACAUGGACGCGUUAGCUGACGCAGCUGCUGUUGCGGCGCCAAGAUUAAGCUCCUUCUCAUCCGCUCGCGGCAAAGGUGGAGAUGAAAACGACUUUUCCGAUUCGCUGACCAACAGCAGGAGCCCCAGCAGUGUGGGCUUGCUGGAAGAAGGCAGGGAAAAAACCAAAAAGAAGAGAAGACUGAACGUGUUUUACUACGUCGACGACCCGGACAAGCCGGACACAAAAAAGCACUUUCUUCGCUCCUUUCCUCUAAACGUGGAAACCUGGCUUCUGUACCUGCAAUCGGAGACGGUCGAACCCCGCGUCAUUCAAAUUACCGACGCUACCGUAAAGAACUGGGUCCCGGACAUGCCGCAAGAAUUUUUCCGGCUUCCCUACCCUGCUGCGAAAUCGGACUUGGUGAGGUACGGUUUACUUUACCACCAGGGCGGGAUCUACCUGGAUGGCGACUUCGUGCUACAGCGCCCGUUGCAUGGCAACAUCUUGGAGGCACUGGCAGCAGGGCGGGAAGAAUUUGCAUUGCAAGAACAGUCCCUGUUUUUACAGACGAAACAGGACGAGGACGCAAUUCCUCCCGUCUGGAAGAAUUUUCUCACAAAGAAAAUCCGCAAGGAACAGGAUAAGAAAGCUGAAGGUCGAAGAAAAAAGCCCCAGCACCUCAAGAACGAAGAACUCGAAGCGGCCCGCCGAGCGAAACAGAAACCGGCGGGGCCGAGAAAAGCAUAUCAAAAAAGUAAACAUGCGAUGGAGCUGGAGGAGAACGAGAAUGCAGGAACACACAAGAGUUCCGUAGAGAAAAAAGAACAUCAAAGUGAAAGAGCUGGAAAAGCAAAAAAGAAGAAAGCCGCAAGUAUUAAUAAAAAGCAAGGGAAGAAGUGGACCGGAAGUCCGUUACCGUUUCCCAUCGAGCUCUUCGCCUACGAGUAUGACAAUCAGUACUGCAGAGGGCGUGCGGCUACGCUGUGCAUGCAAACGUAAUAUCGUAGUCGUAUACAUACUAGUGGGAGCAGUAUGUUUCUUUGCAACCUUGCUGCGUGGGCCGCUGUGUGAUUUGGUCUUCCCUGAGUCGACGUGAGACGUCGUUAUUAGUAGGCCUAGAGAAGGCAAAGAGUAAGAGACGAACUUAUCGUAGAUCUCCUAUCAUGUUAUGCAAUUUUCUACGAUCGCACGUUUGGGUUUGCAAUGCAUAGCGGCGCCGGAGUCUUCUAGUGGGAAAGAGUACCCGCCAUCGUAUUCCUCCAACUUUCAAGGUGCGACGCGGUACAGCAUGUGGAUGAAGCGCGUUUUUAUCGUGAUGGAAAACUGUUACUGUUACACACUGUGCUGCAGGCUGACAAGCAAGACAUAUAACCUUUGCGAUGCCGAUGAACAGGCUUGCGACCUUCUUUUCAUGCGUGAAUUCCCUUCUGAUCUACGCUUCCGCAUCGCAAUUUUUCUGUGUCAUGCAGAGCAACUUUGUGUUGCUGUGUUGCUGGAGUUGCAGCAAAAGUUAAAGUUUUUAAUUGUAUCAUAGUUCUUUUUUCCUUCGAUAGUGUGGUAUGAGAGUGCACUACACCUCCCCCUUUCCCCUCAUUUGACAUGCAGCAGAAAUUGAUAUCUCACAUACUUGCGGAAACCGAAACUGCAGGUGCAGAAAUGUUCAUGUUGCGUGUUCAUGUUCUUACUUUUGUCCGAUUGCGCUCCUUCAAAUCAAUGAGACGCGGGGUGAAGCUGUAGUUGUGCACCUUCAUACCCGGGAUCUGCAGAGGAAAGCGCUGAACAACCCCUGCGAGGAGCCGGACAAGAAGGGCAACGACAUUUGUUGCUCCGGCAAAGACAAGACAAAGGAGUGUCACAUCGCGUGGGGGGCGCUGGGGGAGGGGAUCGCGACCGGCAGUCACGAGCACAUCGGGCCGAAGCUUUCCUUGACCGCCGCGGGGGAGGAAGUUUUGAAGCAAUUCGAAAUUCCGCCGGAAGUCGCUACUGACCCGCUACGGAUACUGAUUGCCAAGAACGUGGUGAUAUCCACUGUAAAAACGUCUCCACCUGUACCCCGCAUUUAUUGUCACGCAAAACCUCCUGCUGCAAGAUGCCGAAAAUGUAAGUAACUAUGUCCGAUGCAGCGCAGCCACCACAUGAGAAGCGUUUUUUAAUCCAGUGUGGGGGUUGGGUUUGACGUGCUAGAGCGAGGAUCUGGAGGUGCUCGAUUUGUGAAUGUGCAAGGGCGCUAGCUAGACACGGCUACUUACUUCAAGUUCAGUUGUUUGUUUGUCUUUGUGUAAGCAGCAAAAUCUUGACUCGUCUGGGGUGGGAAAGUUUUUUCACACGAUCAUACACGAAGAAGGGGAGCAACGACCCGGCGACUGGUUGCCAAAGCGAAGAAGAUAAAAUAGAUGGCGGAGGUGAUGCCAAAGAAGAAGAACCCACUCUGUUAGUUUCGGCGUUGGGAAAGAAAUCCACAUACCUAUCCUCCACCCCAGUUACUGAGAAGCUGACACAAUACCUGACAACCAAUACCGGGCUGCCCGGAGAACCAGCAACAGGCGGUGGCGCAUCAGGUGAAGAGAAGCACCACGACGGUGGAACAAAACUCGAGGGGAUCGUUGCCUGCUUCAAGCCCGAGCAGGGCUUUGCGUCGCUGUAUCCGGACGUGAUAGGGGGAAAUUUGGUGCCGGGAAAAGACAACCAGGUGGUGAGAAUGGAUGGUGAGAAAGUGGACGUUCCCAACGCCUUGACCCGCACGGCUUACCACUUGUUUUCUUCCAACGGGCUACCAAAGUGGGCGGAGUACUCGUGCGAAGACUUUGCAAGGGACAAGAGCUUGCUCGGGAGAAUUUACCGCUCCGCGUUGGGGUUAACGGAAGAUACGAAAAACAACGAACAAGACAAAAAAACUUUGGAAAGAAUCUGUGCGCGGGACAUUUUAGCGGAAGGAGUGCUGACCAAAUCGGCCACUAAGAACCCUGACCUGCUCUUCCCGGUGCUGGACAGAAUGGAGAUUGACAAAGGAAAACUGACGAGCGGCUUCGGCAGCACCUCCGCGGAGAAAAGUGACACGACAGCUGACGAAGGUCGAGUGGAUGAAGAAGACGACGAUAUGUUGUAUCAAAUAAAUGUUUAUAUGUUUGGGUCUGCAAGAAAACAUCAAAAACUAAAAUACAUUUGCCAUGCAGUUUUUGCAUAUCCGCACAGGGCUUGGCGAAUUCUGCGACUGCGGAGGCUUCUCCAUACCAAACCAGCAUGAACAUAAUUCACUUCCGUGGACGAGACAAAAAUCGCGUAAUAGCACCUUUUGCUCGCGAAGCAAUUCAGAUGAACUCUACCUGUUCCAGAAAUCAUUUCCACAACACUUCCAGACCCAGACAUCUUUGCAUGGGACAUGUUGGGUACUGAAACAAGGUCUCCUUGCUCUGGGACGACGAGUACUAGAAGUAGUAGCUCCAGCGCGACUAUGCACUUCAAAAGCAUCGCGCAACUAGUACACGACAUCGAAUUACGAAUUUCCUCGAACGAAAUUGCAACUUGAACUUGUGAUGCUAGAUAGGGUAGAAAAGUCAAUCACAAUCUGUGGCUGUGAAGAUGCUGCAGGACUGCAAUUACCUGGGACGAGCGCGAUACUUUUGCGGAGGAUAGCGACGUCCUUAGCGGAGACUUCGCGAUGGCACUUGAAGUUGCGUGUGCAAUCUCUGCAGGACGCAAUUUGGUGGCGCAGCGAUGUUCUGGCCGGCGGUAAAAAUGACCACAGUAGUGAACAUCGUGGACAUGUUUGA